UUAGAUUCCAGUCAACUCAGCACUGUUCAUUCGGACAAAACAGACUUGUUUUGUUAUCCAACUUCGCACCCUAUCUUAUUUUGGGUGAAUACAGUUAGCUACAUACCACCACCUAUAAUGACUACCAACGGUAAUGACAGGACAACUCAAUGGAAAACAACAAUUAUAGUCAGCACAUCACUUCAGAAUCAUGACACAUCCAGGAUGCUUCUUGCACAGCACCAUCGGAUCCGAUUCUCAGACGCUGUCAAGUCGGGAUCCAUUGUUUUCCCGCAGUCAGGUAUUGCAUUCCUCAUAAUAAACCCACAAGAACUACCAGAGAACCUUGAGGAAGCAGGAUUGUUUGACAAGAUCAAGAAGUUUGUGACGGUUCACCGCAAUAGUUUCCUUCUCCUUCAAGCCCCUUUUUAUGGGAAGAAGGAACUGGGCAUCAUGUCAGUGAUACAGCACAGAUUCCUUGGCAGCAAUCUCAGAGUUCUACCUGUACGUAACAACACAGAGAUAGUCAAGGGGAUGCUGACUAUAGCCAAAGCCACCAGUAAGCCCCAUGUUGACAGCGUGCGGGAUCGGAUGUCUCUGGCCAGGGCCCACAUUAUAGAGAGCAGCUCUGUCUGGGAGAUGCUCAAGGACAUUAAGCUGGGGUGAGCAGCUGGUGCAGAGUGGGGAUGCCAGGU